GUCGGGAGCUUUCCCGCCGCGUCUGCUGGGCACCCGGGGCCUCUGUGGCGGAGCUGAGAGAAGCGCUGUGGGGACAUGUGGCGGCCGGUGCAGCUGUGCCAUUUCCACUCUGUUCUGCUGCAGAGCAGGCAGAAGCCGUGGCCGUGCCCUGCUGUCUUCUUCAGGAGAAACUUCAAGGACCCACCAGCAAGGACCUUAGAACCCAGGCCACUGUGGAAAAGGGUGCUGACCACAACUAUGGUGGGGGUGCCCCUACUUCUCGGAGUCCGCUAUUUCACAGCAGAGGCAAAGGAGAAGAGGAGGCUGCGACUCGCGGUGGAUGGUAUUGGGCGUUUUGGCAGGUCCUUAAGGAUUGGCCUCAACAUCUCCCUGGACUACUGGUGGUGCACGAAUGUUGUCCUGCGAGGGGUGCAAGAGAACAGCCCGAGGUACGUGGAGGUGAUGUCUGCAUGUCACCAGCGUGCAGCCGACGCCCUGGUGGCAGGGGCCAUCCUCAAUGGGGGCCUCUAUGUGAAGCUGGGCCAGGGGCUAUGCUCCUUCAACCAUCUGCUGCCACCUGAAUACAUCCAGACGCUGCGUGUGCUGGAGGACAAGGCUCUUACUCGGGGUUUUGGAGAGGUUGACGAGUUGUUUCUUGAAGACUUCCACGCACUGCCGCACGAGCUCUUCCAGGAGUUUGACUACCAGCCAGUGGCUGCAGCGAGCCUGGCUCAGGUGCACCGUGCCAAGCUGCAUGACGGCACUCCUGUGGCUGUGAAGGUGCAGUACAUUGAUCUGAGGGACCGCUUCGAGGGAGAUGUGCAUACACUGGAGCUCCUGCUGCAGCUUGUGGGGUUCAUGCACCCCAGCUUCAGCUUCAGCUGGGUCCUACAGGACCUGAAGGGGACCCUCGCCCAAGAGCUGGACUUUGAGAAUGAGGGCCACAAUGCUGAACGCUGUGCUCAGGACCUGAAGCACUUCCGCUAUGUUGUGAUCCCCCGUGUGCACUGGGACAAAUCCAGCAAGCGUGUGCUGACAGCUGACUUCUGUGAUGGCUGCAAGGCCAAUGAUGUGGAAGCCAUCCUGAACCAGGGAUUGGCAUUGCAGGAUGUAGCCAAGAAGCUGAUCCAAGCUUUCGCUGAACAGAUAUUCUACACAGGUUUUAUUCACUCAGACCCCCACCCUGGCAAUGUUCUGGUGCGGAGGGGCCCAGAUGGGAAGGCAGAAUUGGUGCUGUUGGACCAUGGACUCUACCAGUUCCUGGAUGAGAAGGACCGGUUAUCCCUGUGUCAGCUGUGGCGUGCCAUCAUCCUGAGGGACAAUGAGGCAAUGAAGACACAUGCAGCUGCACUUGGGGUACAAGAUUACUUGCUAUUCUCUGAGGUGCUAAUGCAACGGCCUGUGCACCUGAGCCAGCUGUGGGGCUCCCACCUGCUGAGCAGUGAGGAGGCAGCCUACAUGCAGGACAUGGCUCGGGAACACUUUGAGAACAUCAUGGAAGUGCUCAAAGCACUUCCACGGCCCAUGCUACUUGUGCUGCGCAACAUCAACACAGUGCGGUCUAUCAACACGACCCUGGGUACCCCUGUCGACCGUUACUUCCUUAUGGCCAAGAGUGCAGUUCGGGGCUGGAGCCGCCUGGUGGGUGCAGCUUACCAAGGCAUCUAUGGCAAUAGCCUCCUGCGCCACAUCAAGGUCAUCUGGGAGACACUCAAGUUUGAGAUGGUCCUGAGGCUGGAGACCCUGGCUAUGCGGAUCACUGCCCUCCUGGUUCGUGUUCUGGGAUACCUGGGCUUUGCGCCUCAGGCAGAGGAGCUCUACCACUACCUGGAGAUGUAGUUCUCCAAGCCAAAAUGACCACAGGGGCCAGCAAGACUUCCAGUCUGAAUAGACUGGGAAGGCCUUGGUGUGAAUGUCUCACAGCCUGGGGGCCUGGAGACUGGGGUUCUAACAUAAUGCAAUGACACAUAUUCAUCUCAAACAAA